GGUAGGUGCUUAUAUUAUUUGUCUUCUCAUUCAGCUUUAAGAGGGAAACUAAUUAUAAAUUCUUGCAGAUCUAGGCAAGUGCGAUAAUGUAUGUACAUAUAUGUAUCGACGUGCUUACCUUUUUCUGUUUGAUUUGAUACCUAUAUGCAUUGGAACUUCUUACCAAUCACAACCACCCAUCAUCAAUGCCUUUUUGAAUCCGAAGUGCUUUACUCCUCGAAGGGUUCCCGUACCUAACGCCACAUUACCGUGUUUGGUAGCAAUCAUCUUUAAAGAUAUUACAUAUAUUCCUGCGGUGAUAAUAAGCAAGCCGAUAACUUAUAACACACCAUAAGAGUCGUCAUCUUAUCAGAAGAAAUGCUAGUUAAUCCCGACUUUCCGAACAUCUAUCGCGACCGGCUUUAUACGAUAUAAAGUACUUUCCAACAAUCUCAUCAGGGGGUCUGGGGUUUCCGUUUGAAAGCAUCUCCACCAAUGCUUAAACACCUGCUCUCUUUUGAACAACAAUAAUUUCGAGCGACCAAGAAUAUUUACAUCAUCUGCCAAGGGCACCCGUCUCCCCCUCGGGUUAAAGGUAGACAAUUAGACAUAACGAACGGGAGGAAGCGGGUCUCUUCAUACAUAUCCAUCCAUCCCUCCAUCUACCUAUUCCACCCGUCAGUUAAUCCAUGAAUCCAUGGUCAAAUUGCGAGUGGAGACGCCGGAUACUUUAGACACACGUACCUCUCAUUGCGCACUAUAUACUACAUACUACAUACUACAUACCACGCAUUACGUACGCACUAUUCAGCCCGCCACGGGUCGGGACGGUGAUCUUCUUUCGAAACCAAAUCACGUUUCGAUAACAGCCCGUACUAUAGUUUACCUAUAGAAGUGCGAGGUAUCAACCCUCACGUUGGACAUAAACCCACCGACGUUUCUUGCCAAGG